AGGAAGGCGAAUAAUGAAAGCACAUCAACGAGGUCCGAGGAAUUGAUACAUUGGAACGAGUUGCCACAUAGCUCCUUGCACUUUUCGCCAAUAACUUCGUUGAAGGCAGCAUAUAGGAACCCAACCAGAGAGUGAAGACGGGCUACAAGAAGCCAUGUCUUCUGCCAUGGAUCUGAAGACGAAGGAGGAGAAGGCGGCUGAGCUGGACAAACGCAUCGAAGCCCUCAGGAAGAAGAAUGAAGCUCUGGUCAAGAGGUACCAGGAGAUAGAGGAGGACAAGAAGAAGGCGGAGCAGGAGGGCAUCGCCGUGACAACCGUCAGAAAGCCCCGCCCCCACGAACCCCACGAGCCGGAAAGAAGGAAGGCGGAGAAGGAGAACUUUUCCAUAACGGUGGACCUGUCCAAACCAGCGGGGGAGAAUAGACAGGUCAACGACCGGAAGCACCUCCCGCCGCGGGGCAGGAAGAGCUCAGAGGAGAGCGACUCCCAAAGGGCCCAGGAUGACUCCCCAAGGGCCCACCAUAAUACCCCCAGGGCCCACCAGGACACCCCCAGGCCCCACCAGGACACCCCCCGGCCCCACCAGGACACCCCCAGGCCCCACCAGGACACCCCCAGGCCCCACCAGGACACCCCCAGGCCCCACCAGGACACCCCCCGGCCCCACCAGGACACCCCCAGGCCCCAGCGCGAUGCCGACAGCCCCCCCAGGAGGAUGGGGUCGGGCCGUAUGGGGCGGGGGGGUCAGAGAGGAGGAGGAGGGGGGCAGCGGCCGGAGAGGAGAGAGUGGGAGCCGCGCUCCGACAGAACGCCCAGAGAAGGAGACAGCGGGGAGGGGGACCCGGGCCGCCGGGGAGGGAGGAGAGGAGGAGGUAGAGGAGGAGGAGAACGAGGAGGAGAACGAGGAGGAGAACGAGGAGGAGAACGAGGAGACAGGCCAGAGAGGGGAGAAAGAGGAGAGAGGGGAGAAAGAGGAGGUGGGACCCCUGGCGGGUCGGACAGGAAGACCAAGGAGUGGGAGGAGAAGAGGAGGCAGAACAUCGAGCAGAUGAAGGACGAGAUGGAGAAGCUGGCCGAGUACGAGCGAGGACAGGGGGUGGACAGCGAGAAGCCCGUCCGGAACUUCCUGGACGACCCGCGGCGCUCCGGGCCCGUGCCGGACCUCGACCGCAAGGAGGGGAGCCGGCGCCACGUCCGGAACUGGGGAGGAAUGGACUUUGAGAACGUGAAGAUCGGAGGAGAGCCCCAGAGGGAGUGGACCAGCCGCCGGCAAGGGGGGCGGGGCUCCGGGGACAUGACCAUGUCCAUGACGGGGCGGGAGCGCGCCGAGUACGUGCGCUGGAAGAAAGAGCGGGAAUCGAUCGACGAGGAGCGGCUGGCGCGCCACCGCAACGCCACGGGCCAAUGGAGGAGGGAGUGGGACGCACAGAAGACCGACGGCAUGUUCAAGGAGGACGCAUCUGCCCCCACAGAGGGCGACGGGCCAGAGCACGGCGACAGGAGAGACGACAGCCAGCGCCCGCCGAGGGCCCCCACCGUCGGGGACUUCCUGACCCCUGGCCGGGGGGGCCGGGGGGGCCGGACCCGGGGACGGGACCGGGAUCAGCGGCAGAGCUACAGCAUGCACGACAACCGCUGGGAGGGAGAGCGGGAGGAUGAGGCCCGAGAGAAGAGGGACAAACCCAAGAGAGAGGACGAGGAGGAGAGGAGGGAGGUGAAGGAGGAGGAGAAGAGGCCUAAAGCGGCCCCGCCACAGAAGGAAGCCAGGCGGGGCGAGGCGGAGGAAGACGAGGACGAGUGGGAGGACGCCAGCGAUGGGGAGGACGGCGGCUCGGACGACGACGAAGGUGGAAGCAGCGAGGAGGGCGACCAGGAGGAGAAGAGGGACGCGGGGAAGGAGGAGACCGCCGCCAACGCCGUCGCCGCCGCCGCCGCCGCCCCUCCGACUCCUGCCCCCGCCUCGGUGGUGGUGACCAGCCCCAGGGAGCAGCGCACCCCCCGGCCCAAGGUCCAGAUCCCCAGCCCCGCGGCGGCGGCGGCGGCGGCGGCCCAGGACUCCCCCGAGGGGACCAAGCCCCUCAGCCCCUUCGCCCCCCCCGACGGCUACCAGCCCGUGACGGACUGGGGGGACGCGAUGGAGGAGCAGUCCCCCUGCAGCAGCCUGGGAGAGAGCCCGCUGAAGCCCCCCAGCGCCGAGAGCAGCCCCGCCCAGAGCCAGAGCCAGAGCCAGAGCCGGCGCCCCCAGGAGGGGGGCCGCCGGGGCGGGCGGCGCCCACCCACCGACCUCCGGGAGAAGCUGAACGCGGCCGCAGGAGAGACCGCAGACCUCCCAGCGCUGACUGACGCCGCCACCACCGAGCCAGCAGGGGGCGACCAGGACGCACCUGAACCCUCCGUCAUCGUGUCCUCAGGCUGAGGUUCCCGGGGACCCCCAAAGACACCCUGCUAAGGUUCCAAAGGAGAGAGUGAUGGAGAGCGGAGAGGAGGAAGGUUGGCCCGCGGCAGAGUGACGCCGAUGGACUCGUAGCGUACUGAUCAUACUGAUCCCGGCAGGGCAAGGGACUGGAAGGGGUCACUACCAUGAUGUCACUACCACACUGACAUCACCACAAUGUCACUACCAUGAAGGGGGCCCUGUUGAGUGACAUCAUGGACCAAACUCUACUUUGACUGUGCUGUCUCCCCCCAUAUGCCCUCCCUUUUUAUUUUUCCUCUUGAGUUGUGUUUAGGCAACACUAGCCGGUGGAAGACUAGCCUUUUUUUUUUUUUUAUCUAUAUAUUUUGGAAAGCUUUCAUCAUCCUCCGCAUCCAGGAGAAAACGACUUUUAUCUCCCCAUAUCUGCAAACGAACGGCGUGGGUAGUGGUGUGUAUUUGCUUUGUUCUGGCCGCACACUACUGCAGUAACGGCCGCACGGGAAGUGACUGAAGUCCUAGGAAUUAAGUCGCCUAAUUGGCUCUUUGAGGCUGAAAGACGCCCAAACAUUUUUUUAUGUCUUUGCUUGGUUUUAAUGUUUCUAUGAGUUUAUAAAAUACCAAAUGUCAGUCAAUUUUUUUCCUCCGUAUACAAGAGCUCUCUCUCUAUUGAUGAAUAAUUGUCACCAUAUGUGCUGAAUGUGUGCAUUGGUGUGUUCCCAGAUUAUGAAAUAUGUUAUCAUGUUGCUAUAUGUGGGUAAAAGAAAUUGAACACGGGUUUAGAGGGCAAAACAACUGAAUUUAGCGCUGUUACCCCUCAUAAAUGUUUAUCUUCAGUUUGUGUCUGAAGCAACUCUAAACAGAUUGGAGUUAUGGGUCAAUCAUGAAGACUCUAGACUGCUGCUGUCAAUGGGCCUCAGUCAACCGGCGGCCAUCUUGGUUCUAAAACGCUAGCAGGGUAUUCGAACGGAACACGGAAUUCUGCGUUCAGUUCCAUCACUACAAGUGUUUAGAACAAGAUGACCGCCAGGUGAAGGGGGGCCAACAAACCUGUGUUUGCGGGAAUGGAUUUUUAUUUAAACUAAACAAUCAUGCAUCAACCAAGGAAAGAAUUUAUCCGUUUUUAAACUUUGUCGUCUGCUAUACUGUCUGCUAUACUGAGAAUCCUUCUCAUGUGGAGAAUAUGAAAUAUAUUUCCCCUAUUUUUUUUAGCCAGGGGAGGCAUUUUAUUUAGAAGCAUUUUUUUUGGUCUAAUCAAGUUUACUGAUUUUUACAAAUUGCCUCCCCUAGCUUUAAGUGCUGUGAGAAUAUACGGCUAUUCUUACGUACUGACAGGUGACAGUGGUUGAAACCUGACUUGACCUCAGCAUACUACAAAGUGCUUUAGGAUGAUACUUUUUACUACAUUUGAAUAGGUCUAGCUUUUAUUUUCAAUGAGGGUCCUGUGUUGAAAUCGCAUGAAGACACUGUUUUCAAAGAUGGAAAAUCGAUCAUGUUCGACUUUGCUGUAAAGAUGAAGUGGGUGAUGUCAUUAAGACAAGAUGUGACAUGGUGUCAACAUUAAUGAACAUUCCACGCUUUAUUUGUGGCAUGAUGGAGCAGAUGAUGAAAGGACCUUUCAGUGCUCUUAGUUUGGUGGCCAUUUUUUAUUUCUUAGCUGUUAAGACUGGGUGAUUGUAUUUGAAGUCAUCUGCAUUUCAAUGUAACAUCAGAUUAUAAAUGUCUUCUUAUUGGAUCCUGCAAUUAAUUACAUUUUUGAUGAUUGAGUUUCAAAGGAAUGGAUGUUGAACGUUUUACUAUUUUGUUGCCUCUUGGAGCUGUCGGAUGUGCAAGCUUAUCCAUUUUAUCUAUAGAAGAUCACUGCUUGUAGCCUACUGUUUAAAUUCAAUUAUCCAAUAAAAUGAUUGCUUUGGAGUGUGUGUGUGUGUGUG